AUGGCUCUGUUUGAAUCCGCCAACUGCGAUCGAAAUGCGACCGCUCCAACAGCCAGCGAUGCCGGCGUCGCAGGCGCUGGUAUCCUACUAUCAUUCAUGAUCACGGCGCUGCUCGCCAUCAUAUUAUCGAGUAGCGUCAUUUUUGCCGAAAUGCGGGGGAGAGACUCGGUCAUCCGGCGGAAGCUGCUCAACGGUUAUAGCGACUCUCAAAUUAUGCAGGGAAUUGGUAUCCAGAGUGUUGGACUGGCGAAGAUGAACAGCUUGGUGCCGUAUCACUUCUUCCUCAUAUGGAUGCUGUCACUCCUUUCCAUGGCGACCCAUAACACGACACUUUUGGCUCUUAAACAAGAUUACCGCCGCGAUUGGGUAAUUCGAUGGUUGCGACAGUUUCUAAUGUUCGUCAAUUUGGCGUUGUCAUGCGUGUCUGGCGUCUUUGUUCUCGAGGGUGUUUCAAAGGGUCUUGACGACAAAACUCUCCCCAUAUCCUGCGUGUGGGAAGUUGAGGGCAAAGGCGCUGCCUCAAACGCUGGUCUUUCUUACGUCGGCACAAUCGUCGUUAUUGCUGGUAACUGCAUCAUCUUUGGCCUGGCGACCUGGUAUCUUCACAGCAAGCAGCAAAGAUUCUAUAAGAUCAUCCAGGUUGUCGGGUUGGUGUUGAUGACAGCUAUUGCAGUUGGAGCAGCGAUUCGGAUUAUCCUGCUUUCCCAAGCAUUUGGCCACCCGUCGAUCGAGCUCAAAGACAAUGGCGAGACUGUAUGGAGCUUCGGUCAGCUUCUCUCCAUGCUGCUUCUUAUCCUUCCCUUGGUCAACGUCAUUGAGAUCUACCGAGGAGAGAUCCAAGUCCCAGGUCCAAUUCGAGACGACCGAGCUAAAGUAUACGACGGUGAACUCCAGGAUAACCCACAAGGGUCGCGGACAAAUCUCUUUCAAAAGUAA